GCUAGCACACUUUGGCCGACCGCGCCCCUGAUCCUCCCCGACCUCUUCAAGCCUUCAAGGCCUUUGACAACGAGACGAAAGAACAAAAAAAAAACCCCAAUCCACCCACCGUCUCCACUCGAUAGAUCGAGAUUCAAGACCAAAUUGACUCGUCCAUCCGUCGUUUCCAAGGAAUCAUCCAAAUUGCUCUUCCGAUUGUUCCCAGCUCCUGGCCUGCCGGCUGCUUGGCCACCGUAUCCAUGCACUUGGGUGGCGCCAGGCCGGAUCCAGCGCCCUGACCUGCGAAUCGUCGAACUCAAAGCGGCAUGGCUGCAAUGGACCUCUUCGACGAGUACUUCAAGCAGGCCGAUUUGGAUCGGGAUGGGAGGAUAAGCGGCGCGGAGGCUGUUGCGUUCUUUCAGCGAUCCAAUUUACCCAAACAAGUAUUGGCUCAGGUGUGGAUGCAUGCUGAUCAAAAUCGAACUGGUUUCCUUGGUCGUACUGAAUUCUAUAAUGCCCUGAAACUUGUGACGGUAGCACAAAGUGGUCGUCAAUUCACACCUGAAAUUGUGAAGUCAGCACUAUAUGGACCAGCUGCAGCCAAGAUUCCUGCUCCAAAGAUAAGUCCAGUGUCCUCAACCCUACCCCCGAUAAAUUCUGCAGCUGCACAACCUGCCAUCUCAACCAAUACUUUGCACCCACCUUCUAAUCAAUUUAGCAGCAUAACACCAAAUGCUCCUCAAAAUCCUGGUUUCAGGCCAACGCAAGCACCUCAAAAUGCAGUCAUGAAUCAACAAUUCUUCCCCACAGCAAAUAGCAAUUUCACUAGGCCACCUCUAGCAUCUCCUAUUGUCGCUUCACCUCAAAUGCAGGCAGGCAAUCUAGGAUUAGUGAGAGGUAGUGUUGCAGGACCACGCCCACCAAGCUCAAGCAACUCAAGCUUAUCCACUGAUUGGCUCACUGUUAAAUCAAGUAGACCUUCUGUUGGUGUGACAUCUCACCCUCCUAUUAGGGGAAGUAUUCCCACUCAGACUCUGGAUGGGUUUGGCUUAGCCCUUUCAGGUGCAACAGGAGUGCCUUCUAAUGCACAGAUACAAUCAAUACAAGCAUCCUCAUAUAUUACAAAACCUAAUGAUCAGAACUUACCACCAUCUACACCCACACAGCUGAAGUCACUUGUUGCAUCUGGAAAAGAUUUAUCUUCUAAUACAUCUUUUGCAAGGGAUCUUUUUUCUGCAACUUCACAAGUGAAAUCAGAUGCUCAAGUUAAUCCAUCUAUCAUUGCCCCCGUGGCUUCUGGUCCUCAAAGUUCUAUUAGGCCUCGUCAACUUGAUCCUACUCAUAUUGUCCAGUCAGUUCUUCCUGUUGGAAGCCAGCUGCAACAAACUCAAUUAAGUGUAAAGCAAAAUCAGUUUGAUAACCUGAAAACCAGUCCAUCAUUGUCUGCACCUAAUGCAGCUGAACUUGCUAACUCUGCUUUAAAUCAGGCAUGGCCAAAGAUAAGUCAAGCUGAUAUUAAGAAGUACACUAAUGUAUUUGUGAAUGUUGACAAGGAUAGAGAUGGAAAAAUUACAGGCGAACAGGCACGGAGCCUCUUCUUGAGUUGGAAACUCCCUAGAGAGGUCUUAAAGCAGGUCUGGGACUUAUCUGACCAAGAUAAUGAUAGCAUGCUUUCUUUGAGAGAAUUUUGCAUUGCUCUUUAUCUGAUGGAAAGAUACCGGGAGGGGCACUCUCUUCCACCUGUGCUUCCAAAUUCUGUUAUGUACGAUGAAACACUACUGCGUGCUGCAGGUAUGCCUUCAGCUGCGGGUGUUCCAAUGUGGCAGCCAGGGUUACCACAGCAAGGACAACCUGGUCAUCGUCCUCCGAUACCAACUGGAGUAAGGUCACAAAUGCCAAAUUCUAUCCCAUCACAGGCUUAUAGUGCGGGACACUUGGUGCAGCAAAACUUAGCAACACCAGGGCCAAACAAUAACAUUGUAAAAAAUCUUGGGAGGGAUGGACACACCACAUUGAACUCAGAUCAUGAAACAACAAAUUUGGACAGUAAAAUUCAACAAUCAGAAAAGCAAAUCCUUGAUUCAAAAGAGAAGCUGGAGUUCUACCGUACCAAGAUGCAGGAACUUGUUCUUUAUAAGAGUAGAUGUGAUAAUAAACUAAACGAGAUCACAGAAAGAGCAUCUGUUGAUAAGCGAGAGGUUGAGUUGUUGGCCAAAAAGUAUGAAGAGAAGUACAAGCAGGUUGGAGAAUUAGCUUCAAAGAUGGCAUUAGAUGAGGUCAAGUAUCGUGACAUUCAGGAAAGGAAGGCAGAAUUGCAGAGUGCAAUAACUAAGAUGGACCAAGGUGGCAGUGUUGAUGGUCUGCUUCAGGUUCGUGUUGAUAGAAUACAAUCUGAUCUUGAGAGUUUGGAGAAAGCUCUUAGUGAACGGUGCAAACAACAUGGUGUUCAUGUUAAAGCUACUACAACAAUUGAUCUUCCAUUUGGUUGGGAAUCUGUACCAGUGGAGGGGGCAGAUCAAUGGGAUGAAGAUUGGAACAAAUUUGAGGAUGAAGGGUUUACAGUCACAAAAGAACUUACUUCAGCAAUUGUCAAUAGUGUUGUUAAUGGAGAGCUAAAAUCCCCUACGAUUUGGAGUGACAAAGCCUCUACUGAAGAUAAUUCUCCUAUUGCAUCUUCUUUCAGUGUUGAUGGCAAGAUUGAAAAGCUUAAUGGUAUCCAUGAACACAUGAAUGGAUCUGCCUAUGAUAACAGUGAGGAAGGAUCAACAAAAAGCCCCACUAGUAGUCCUGGAAGAAGUACCUUUGAAAGUCCAUUUAAUUCCACACAAUUCAGAGUAAAUGAAGUUUCAUCCUACAACAAUGAAACUCAUAGUGAUCAUGCUGAUGCUGAGUCCUCUAUUUCUGGAGAAAAAUACAAUGAUGAUCCAUGGACCUUUGAUGAUACUGCUUCAGCCUGGAAGGAGAAUGAUUAUGAGGGCGGUAGUAAGAAUACUUUCUUCAUGUCUGACUUUGAUUCAGUAAAAGCAGACUCUCCAAGUGCUGGUAGCGUUUUUGAAAAAGAGAAGAGGAGCUCAUUUUUUGACGAUUCUGUUCCAAGUUCUCCAAUGUUCAACUCUUCCUCAUCAGCAAUGUUUAAUGAUGGGCGAGAUGGUUUCAACUUCAACAGUUUUAGCAGAUUUGAUUCUUUUGCUACACAUGAUAGUGGCUCUUUUCCUGCACGUGAGAACUUUUCUAGGUUUGACUCCAUCAGCAGCGCACAGCCUGAAACUCUAGCACGGUUUGACUCAAUCAGUAGCAAUAGAGACUUUGGUCACAGAAAGGGGGCCUUUGAAUCCUUUGAUGAUGCUGAUCCUUUUGGUUCAACGGGACCUUUUAAAUCUUCUGGGGGGAAUUCUCCGAGACAAGGCUCUGUUAAUUGGAGGGCUUUCUAGGUCUUCUCCGAGGAAGAACUUUUUGAAUAGUGUAUGAUGCAAAGUUGUGCUAUUGUAAGCAAAAAUGUUGGCUUCAUGCUCCACAUAUUCAUGCCUCAGUUUGGUUGUAAGAUUAGUUUUGCAGUUGCUCGUGUGCAGUAUAUUUUGUUUCCUUUCUUUUCUGUUGUCUAUUUUGGGGGCUUAAACUUUGGAAGAUUGUAAUUUUGGUUAAUCCUAUGUUAAGAGUUCAUUUAAUAUUAUGUAUUAGACAUUUCUUAGAGCAUUCACAUCAAUUUUUCUAUCUAAAA